GGAGUAUUAGCAGAGAAAACCCAGAUCCUAGCGGCGAGACUCUUGUUGCUCGAUGAGUUUUGAGAGGAUGUGAGGCAAUUUGCUAAUCUUAUUGUUGAUUGGGUUGCUUGGUUUCAAUGGAUGGAUGAUUUGGAAGGGCAGUGGGCUAGAAGGAUGUGGUUGUGCGGUGGAUAUGGAGAUCGAACGACAAUGGAGGAUGAAUCCAUUCCAGAUCGUUCAUGCUUUAAUCCAUCAUGGCGGCUGAUUGUCCUGCCUAUGUAUUAGAGUGGAGAUCGAAGCAGACUAUCGAUUGGAAAAACUGGAUCAUCAGGGCCACAGAUUGAUGCUUGAAGAGGAAGGGACAAACCUGGUUCUUCAUGGAAGAGGGGGCCUACUGGUCUGCCCCCUCCAGAACCGCCACCUUGGAGCGAUCAAGGUGAUAGGUUUGGAAGAUGAUGUUUCAAGAAAACUGAUAGGAAGGAAUUUGGAGCUUUUAUCAGUUAUUUUAUUUCUUAUGGUCUUAUAUUCACGUUAUGUUUAUUUACGUUGCUCUAUUUUUGUUGAUGUUUUUAGUUUUAGGUCUACAAUAAUAAUUUACAAUUGUGUUAGCUAUUAUGUUGUUAGAAGGAUCUAUAUGAGUUGUGAUUGUUGUGUCACACCCGUUUGGUGGUUAUCAAUUCGUAUUUCUCUUUCAGAAGUGAUCGUUUCUAAGUCUAGCCGUAGUGUUGAUAAUGAUGAUUACAAAUAGGUGG